CAACCAUUACUAUGGCGUGAAGGUGGUGAGAUGUUCCGCAGUGCGCUGGGGAAGACCUUGGGCUUCGUGGGAUACACCAUCCAGUACGGCUGCGUCGCCCACUGUGCCUUUGAGUACAUCGGAGAGUUUGUUGCGUGCUCUGGUCCUUCUAUGGAGCCCACCAUCACAAGCCACGACGUUGUCUUCUCAGAACGGUUGAGUCGCCAUCUCUGCAGAAUCGAGAAUGGUGAUAUAGUCAUCGCUAAGAGUCCAUUUGAUCCACAAAUGAACAUCUGUAAAAGAGUCAUCGGUUGAGGAGACAAAGUCUGCACCAGUGGCCCCUCGGAUGUCUUCAAGACCCACCAAUACGUUCCAAAAGGGCACGUGUGGCUGGAAGGGGAUAAUCUUAGGAAUUCCACAGACUCCAGGAGCUACGGCCCAGUUCCCUAUGCCCUGAUUCGAGGCCGUGUCUGCUUAAAGCUCUGGCCUCUACAUCAUGUUGGUGCCCUCAACCAAAGUCCCACAGGACGAGUCGUAAAAAGGAGUGACUGAGUCUACUGAUCUGUGUACAUGCAUCAUUUUGUAAUAUUUUCUAAUUAAAGGCAUAUUUAUCUUGAAGAA